UUAAAUCCUCGCCCAGGCCGUAGGAGACUUGGAAUCUCGUUCUCUCUAUAAAGCCUCCUCCCUCCCCCCUCUCUCUCUCUACCCUCGUCAGAUCCCGACCCUGCUCGCUAAAUUUUCUCCUCUUUUUCUCUCUAGACUAGAUAGAUCCAAUGGCGGCCUUGCUGGAGGAUGAGCUGGAUAUCGUCAUCCCGACGAUCCGCAACCUUGACUUCCUUGAGAUGUGGCGGCCAUUUUUUCAGCCUUAUCACCUAAUUAUUGUGCAGGAUGGAGAUCCUUCGAAGAAAAUCAAUGUCCCUGAGGGAUUCGACUACGAGCUCUACAAUCGCAACGACAUCAACAGGAUCCUCGGUCCCAAGGCGUCCUGCAUCUCGUUCAAGGAUUCUGCUUGUCGGUGCUUUGGAUACAUGGUCUCCAAGAAGAAGUACAUCUACACCAUCGACGACGAUUGCUUUGUGGCUAAGGAUCCAUCUGGCAAGGACAUCAACGCCCUGGAGCAGCACAUCAAAAAUCUCCUCAGCCCCUCCACACCCAAUUUCUUCAACACAUUGUAUGAUCCAUACCGUGAGGGUGCAGACUUUGUUCGUGGAUACCCUUUCAGCCUCAGGGAAGGUGUUUCUACUGCUGUUUCUCAUGGCCUUUGGCUUAACAUUCCAGACUAUGAUGCUCCCACUCAGCUUGUUAAGCCUUUGGAAAGGAACAAAAGGUAUGUGGAUGCGGUCCUUACGAUCCCUAAAGGAACAUUGUUUCCCAUGUGUGGGAUGAAUCUGGCUUUUGACAGAGAGCUUAUUGGCCCAGCCAUGUACUUUGGUCUUAUGGGAGAUGGCCAGCCUAUUGGUCGUUACGAUGAUAUGUGGGCUGGAUGGUGCACCAAGGUGAUCUGUGACCAUUUGGGCCUGGGGGUGAAGACUGGGUUGCCCUACAUUUGGCAUAGCAAAGCCAGCAACCCUUUUGUUAACCUCAAGAAAGAAUAUAAGGGUAUCUUUUGGCAAGAGGAAAUCAUCCCAUUCUUCCAGUCUGCAGUCCUCCCAAAAGAGUGCACCACCGUUCAACGAUGCUAUAUCGAGCUCUCGAAGCAGGUGAAGGAAAAGCUCGGCAAGGUGGACCCUUACUUUGACAAGCUAGCAGAUGCAAUGGUCACUUGGAUUGAGGCCUGGGAUGAGCUCAACCCUUCGCAAUCCUCUGGUGCUCCUGCAGUCGCAUCCAAGGCGAAAUAGAUGAUUAUGGGCUCUUAGAUUUGCGGCAAUUUAUCUUCUGUCAUAUCAUUUUAUUAGUGCUUAUGAACUUCAUAUAGUUCUUAUUAGAUGUAACCUUUUUUUUGUCUAGUACUAUUUGGGCCUCUUCUUCAUGAAUGAGGCUCAGGGUUAAAAUAUUUUCAAUAUUAUUAUAUUGUUUUUACAAUUGGUUUUA